AACAUGGACCAGGACGGCAUUAAGGGCAACUCUCUGAGUCCUUACGCCCAACACAAUUCUACCUCACCAGGCAAAGAGGACGGUGGAGGCGGGGGACGGCCCUGCAGUGACGGGGGCUUGGCCACAGGCACUUUGGGCACCCCCGAGAGACGCAAGGGCAGCCUGGCAGAUGUGGUGGACACACUGAAACAACGCAAGAUGGAGGAGCUGAUCAAGAAUGAGCCAGAAGAGGCCCCCAGCAUUGAGAGGCUGUUGUCGAAGGACUGGAAGGAUAAACUUUUGGCCAUGGGCUCAGGGCACAUUGGAGAAAUUAAAGGUACCCCAGACAGCUUGGCGGAGAAAGAGCGCCAGCUAAUGGGCAUGAUUGGUCAGUUGAGCAGCCUGAGGGAGCAGCUCCUGGCGGCCCAUGAAGAGCAGAAGAAGCUGGCUGCUUCACAGAUGGAGAAGCAGAGGCAACAGAUGGAGCUUGCCAAGCAGCAACAGGACCAGAUUGCCCGGCAACAGCAGCAGCUUCUGCAGCAGCAACACAAAAUCAACCUCCUGCAGCAACAAAUUCAGCAGUUGUAUGCUGCUCAGCUGGCAGCCAUGCAGGUUUCCCCCGGGGCCAAGCAGCACGGAGGCAGCAUGCCACACCAAACCAACCUGGGCACACACUCGCCACCCACCAACACACACCUACAGAGUGACAAGAGCCACAGCUCCCCACCACCACACAAGAAUAAGGACAGUGAGGGUGCACAGCCACUGAACCUGUCGGCCAAGCCUAAGGCAUCCGAGAGCAAGUCACCCAACUCCCCCCCAACUUCCCCACAGGUCAAUGCUGCUGCUGCUGCCACCAAGCUGGGCCCUGCCAGUUCCAUGAAGCAGAGCAUCGCUCCCUCCAGCAUCGGAGGACCACCAACCAGAGUCAGCUCAAUAGCCUACCUUAACGACCAUGAGGCGGUGACCAAGGCCUUCGCCGAGGCCCGACAGAUGAAGGAACAGCUGAAGAGAGAGCAGCAGGUCCUGGACGCCAAGGUGGCCGCUGUCAGCAACCUCAGCCUCAACAAUGGACGCACAGACAAGGACAAGGCUGCCUUGGAGAGUCUGAGUCAGCAGCUGAAGCAGCAGGCGGAGGACAAGUUCAACCACGCCAUGCUGGACUUCACCAUGAGUGGAGACUCUGACGGCUCCCCCAGUGUGUCAGACUCCAGAAUAUUUCGGGAGGCCCGGGGUCGUGGUGGCAGCAGCGAGCCUCACAUUAAACGGCCAAUGAACGCCUUCAUGGUCUGGGCCAAGGAUGAGAGGAGAAAGAUUCUCCAAGCCUUCCCCGACAUGCACAACUCCAACAUCAGCAAGAUCCUCGGCUCACGCUGGAAAGCCAUGACCAACCUGGAGAAGCAGCCGUACUACGAGGAGCAGGCUCGCCUCAGCAAGCAGCAUCUGGAAAAAUACCCAGACUACAAGUACAAGCCGCGGCCCAAACGCACCUGUCUGGUCGACGGCAAGAAGCUGCGUAUUGGCGAGUACAAAGCCAUCAUGAGGUCCCGCAGACAGGAAAUGAGACAAUAUUUCAGUAUGGGGCAGCAGAGCCAGCUUCCUCUGUCCUCGGCAGGUGUUGUCUACCCUGGUGCCCUGUCCAUGGCGGGAAUGCCUUCACCCCAGAUGCCCUCUGAGCAUUCCAGCAUGUCCAGCAGUCCCGAACCCAACGCCAACCACCACCAGAACCCCCAGAACCUGGGCCUGAAGGGGGACGAGCCUCGCAUCAAGCAGGAGCUACGGCUGGACGACAGCAACGGCGACGUGUACGACGACUUCGACUACGAGGAUGAAGAGGUCGAUUACACCAGUGAUAAUGAACACCAUAUCACCCAACGGGACGGCAUGUGAGCCAUUCACAUUUAAGCCAAUUACUGCUGGUUAAUCCCGCCCCCCCUCCCCCCUCAAAUCCUAAACCUGCCAAUCAGGAAGAAAACUUUCUCUUUUGCCAAUCACCCUCAGUCACAAUCUCACUCAACCCUGCAACGCUUUCCCCCUUCCUUACCGACGUGGACUCUAAACAGAGCCAGACCUGCAUCCCCUCCUCCCUCUGGAGUCCUGACACCAGCAUUUGAUCAAUCAACUAAAGCACAGGACUUGUCACUCACACUGACUGUUACAUGAACUGGAGUCUGGGAGGAAGAGACGACCAGAGACGACUCUGAAGCUCGCUGAGGAAUAUUCACGUACUACUGCAAGAGUUUGCGUCAUGCCACAAGUGAGGAGAGAACUAAAAAUCACACAUUUAGAAAAGCAACCUUUAAAAGUUUGUAGACGAAGAGAAAGACGGAGCAGUGGACCUGUCAAAGGCUAACAGAUGACACUUUAAGAUGGCGGACCUGUUUGUUAUCAAGAGACACUUUUAAAAAAAACAAAAAAAAAAAAACAGCUUUUUUGUUCUUUGGUUCUAUAAUAUUCUCACUCAGGUACACGGUGCCAAUAAGUGGCUUGUGAAUGUGAUUUGUUGUUUUUGUGCUUCAAGUUUGAAUAAUAAUAGAAAAAGAGACAUUUCUUUUUCCCCCUUUUGUUGUAAAGCACCUGAAGGACAUGAAACGUGUUUAUUUUUAACAAAAAGAUAUCUUUUCUUCAACCUUGCAGUGUGCUAUCAGCAGUUUCCCCCCUUUUUAUCCCAUGUAUUGUUGUGACUACCUGCUUCCCCCCCAUUUGGAAUCCAAUGGGACGGUCAGGCCAUGACUGACCAGUACAGCGUGGACUGUCCCACUUUGACUGGAUUUUCAGGGGGGAGAAGGCGAGUCACACUGGUGUUAUGGAGCAGACAUGAAAGCACUGUGUUGCGAGACAAUCCACCAGUUUUCCUCUCGCUCCUUCCCCUCUAACUUGAUUUUGUUUAGCGCAGAACAUCACUUAGCUCUAAGUGACUGUAUGUGUGUGUCGGUGUGUACUCUUCUUUUUGUAAGUGCGCAAAAGAAGCUAAAAAUGUCCACAAUACAGAAAGACAGGCAACUCA